ACAGAAAUGCUUUUGUCAGACAUAGAUAAUUGUGUCCUGCUACUAGGCUGGCGCCGCCCAAACCCAACAUCAACAUCAUCAUCAUCAUCGUCCUCCUCAGGACUUGAUCCCUGUCCCAGCCUCGCGACCGCCUGGUCAUCCACCCAUUUCUCCACGACAACACAACACCCGCUCAUGGCAUCACUUGACCACAACAACGACCACGAUAUGUAAACCAUCGGCCAGCACCUUGUUUUCCCCCUUCUCGUGUCUCUGUUCUCUUCCAUCUACGUCCUCCUCAUCACGCUACAAUCCCACCAUGCUCUUCACCAUCUUCUUCACACUUGCCCUCCUGCCCCUGCCAUUGGCAUCAGCAUGGGGCUCCCUCGGCCACCGCACAGUCGCCUACCUAGCCAGUCUAUACUUCACCCCUCAAUCCAACGUCUUCACAAACACCCUCCUGAACGGCCAGGACAUAUCUGAAGCAUCCUUGUUUCCCGAUAAGGUCCGGCACAUGCCCGCCUUCGCCUACACAGCAGGAUGGCACUAUAUCGACGCCCAAGACGAUCCUCCACACCAGUGCGGCAUCAAUAUAACCCGCGACUGUCUGCCCAAAGACGGCGGGUGUGUCGUGAGCGCCAUUGCGAACCACACGGCUCGUGUCGCCAAUGCAAGCCUCCCGCGCUUCUACCGUGGCCAAAGCCUGCGGUUUAUGAUGCAUUUCUUUGGCGACGUACACCAACCCCUCCAUACCGAAUCCUCCGACCGGGGUGGUAACGACCUCGCGGUACUCUUCGACAAUCACGCAACGAAUCUACACAGCGUAUGGGACACGCUAAUUCCCAACAAACACGCUGGACCCGACACCACCACCACCACCGCUCACUCCGACUCCAUCAGCGGCUUCCGCUCGAAUGCUGACGACGAACUUCUCGCCGCAUUCCGCUGGGCACAGCGGCUCUACGCCAAUGACACUCGCCCUCUAUCCGAGGAAUGUCUCUCCGACGCCGCAGAUUGCGGCCUGUCAUGGGCCAGCGAGGCGAACGCGUACGUCUGCUCGUACGUGCUGGCACAUGACGUGCACGGGUUGGAACUGGGCGAGGACUACUUCGACGGCGCAGUACCCAUCAUCGAUAAUAUGGUCGGCAAAGCGGGACGGAGGUUGGCCGCUUGGAUCAAUGCUAUAACUGAGAAUAUGAGCUUGGCUGAGAUUGGAGGACUCUCCGCCAAGAAUGUGUUGGAAACUCAAUAGAUCUGGAACGCCAUAAAGAGAACGUACAAUCAAUUCAAGGGGUAUCUUCGUGUAACUCAAUAACGCUCACUCGCUGGCUCCGCUUUGAAAGAGCACAAUCACAUCAUCUCAAUCCACC